AUGAAACAGUACAACUUCAACUCCAAUGCGAAGUUUGAAGUGAUAUUUCAAUGUCCAUACUUGGAUGAGAAUCAAGACGAAGAGUACCAAGUAAAUUGCAUUUUAGUAUCGGGUAAUCAAUUUCAAGAAAUACAAGAAAAUUGGCAUCUUGAGAGUCCAAUCCCAUACUCAAGCAGUGGGAUCCUAGAAAAUUCCUGUGGAAUAUUAAAGAAUCAAAAUGGUCAGCAUAGUGCAAUCUUCAGCCAGUUGAGAUUAACACGAGGCAAACAAACAAAAUUUGCAUUGGAUGAAAAGUUUGCCCUUUUCUUUUAUGCAACAAUUCGAAUUGAUAAUCAACCGAUACGUAUUUGGAAGAUAUCCAAUCCAAUCGUUGUGAUAUUCCAUGCAAAUCAGGAGUGCUUGGCACAGAGCACAAUUUGGUGGGACACCGAAUUUCCUGACACACCGCGAGAGUUCUUUUCAGUUAAAGAUGUAGUGAAGUGCGAUGCGGUAGCCGAAAAGUUGGCCAAUUAUGCGGAUGAAUAUACUCGAAAUUUUUUGGACAACAAUAACAUAGAUUUUAUUCGUGAAAAACUUAAGAUAACCGCCGGCGGCGAUUACAUUAGUUUUAAAAAAUUUAGCCGAGAACUCUUACCAGGAUGCGUAUUUACAUUUUGGGAAUGGUUUUACAAUAUAUUGAAGCUUUUAGAACCCCCGCACAAAAAUCAUGAUGAAAUUUAUUAUAUAACACUGGAUGAUUCUGUGCCUGGUUUGUGGGAACGAGGUCUCAUAACCGGUUUCGUUAGCAAGGAAAACUCCCAAAAAAUGCUUCAGGAACAACCAAUUGGAACAUUAUUGAUACGUUUCUCCGAAAGUCAAAAAGGCUCCUUGCAUUUCGUUUAUAAGAAUACUUACAAUUCUAUACAAAUGUUUGCACCAUGGGAUCAAUGGCACCUAAAGAGAAUGAAUAUGGCAGCUACGUUAGGACAAUUGGAAAAAGCUCAAUAUUUGUAUUCACCUCACAUGGGUCUUCAAAAACUUCAUCAUGUAUUGUAUUCAUUCCGCGACAUAUCGAAAAUGAAAACAAAAAUAUGCAAUACAAGUUUUGGAACAUGGAGAACUCUUUUUUUCUUGGUUUAAAAGGUGGUAAAACGAAGU